AACCGCAGUAAGGUUCACAUAUAAUCGAAUAUAUAUCAGCUAUCAUACACGACUAAAUAGCACAUUAGUUAAACGCAUAAGAGGAAUUGCGAGUAUACACUAUGAGUCCCACAUUCCGCACUCUGUUGCGGCCUUGUAUGCGAUGCGUCAGUCAGCCUAUAUUAAGUUCACACAACCAUACUUUCGCAUCUACCCUUCUGAAGUCGACUAUUAGCAGCAAUAAGUAUGUACUCUCAAAAAGUGCGCAACGAGGAUACGUAAACCUGAGUGAAGAUGUUAACAUUCCAGCUAUUCCGCCUAUUUCAAGGGAAGGAGAGAGCAUAGAAAAUAAGCGCAAACGUCUGGUAUAUCAGGUGAGAAAGAGAGGAAUGCUGGAGAACGAUCUGCUGCUAAGCACGUUUGCAAGGGAGUACCUGAACGACAUGGACGGGGCCGAAUUGCACUUGUUCGACAAACUGUUAGAUGAGAAUGACUGGGAUUUAUACUACUGGUUGACGGACAAGAAAGAGGUGCCCGAGGAGUUCAACCAUUCUGUGUUCCAGAAACUGAAGGCCUACUCAAAGAACGAGCGAGCCGAAGCCUUGCGCAUGCCUCACAUGGAAACUAUGCACAAGUCGGCGAAAUAAACUAUAUACUACGCUCGGGCAGACGGGAUAGAGAAAAUGCACAAGCUUCCAUGUUCUCCCUGUGACGAAUGGAAGAGCGAACUAUGAAGAAUGCCGGUAGCUCGAAAAGCUGUUGCAAAUUACAAACCGUGUACGGAGUCGACUAUCAAACGUGCACUAUGGGGGUUUCCAGCGAAUAUUAAAUUUAAUUUGAAUUGGUGCGACAAAUAUGGGGUGGCCAUAUAUCUGUAGAUUGCAUUUACUCCCUCAUUCGGUUGUACCAGUAUUGGCUGUGAUAUAGAUUCCAUACAGUCAUACGGCCAAUAGCGAACACCCGUCUGUAGUAUAGUAUCCACCUCGUAGGAGCGAAUGAUCCCUUGCCACUCCAACGAUGCAUCGUACCAUAUUUAUGAGCAGUCUAAAUUUG